UGUGUUAUGUCAGCUCCUCUGUGUCAAACUUUCCUUCAGUGAGAGUCCUCCCGCCUCUGCUCGUACGCGUGCGCGGUGCUGUCACUGUGUCCGCCGCGGAGAGUCAGACAGCUGCAGACCGCCGCGGCAUGUGGACCAGGGCGAGGGGGUGCGUCCGUUUGACCAGCAUCGAUUUCAGCGAAGUGAGUCGACAGUUGGGGACAAGUAUUCAGCACAGUGGCACUGGCAGUAUUUAGGUGACACGGCUCCCCUUGGACAGCGAGGGGGAGAAUGAGAAUAGUGGAUAUUGUUUGUAGGCACCGCGAAGCAGAAGAAGGAAAAGUCACCCAAAAGUUUUUGACAUGAAGAAAGACAUAGACACAUUGAUAGCAGAGGAACGAGCUGAAAUCCUCGCUAAAUAUGAUAAGGGCAGGCAGGAGGGGGUCAAGAUUGACCCCUGGGAGGAUGCUGACUACAGCAUCUACAAGGUCACUGACCGCUUCGGCUUCCUGCAUGAGGAGGAGCUGCCAACACCCAGUGCGCUUGAAGAGAAGCAAAAGCAGCUGGAGAUAGAGCGAGUGGAGAAAUGGCUCAAAAUGUCGAAGAAGUGGGAGAAGUACAAGAACAGUGAAAAAUUGGUGAAGCGUGUAUAUAAAGGCAUCCCUCUGCAGCUGAGAGGCCAGGCCUGGGCCUUGCUUUUGGACGUAGAGAAAGUCAAACAAGAAAAUGUUGGAAAAUACGAGAGAAUGAAGCUGCAGGCUCGUAACUUCUCCACUGAAAUCAAACAGAUCGACUUGGACGUCAACCGAACGUUCAGGAACCACAUCAUGUUCAUGGACCGCUUUGGAGUCAAGCAGCAGGCCCUGUUUCACGUACUAGCAGCUUACUCUGUCUACAACACGGAGGUGAGCUACUGCCAGGGGAUGAGUCAGAUCGCUGCCAUCUUGCUCAUGUACCUGAAUGAGGAAGAGGCCUUCUGGGCUCUGUCGCAGCUCCUCACCAACAGCAAACAUGCCAUGCACGGGUUUUUUAUCCCGGGAUUUCCUAAGCUGCACCGUUUCCAGGCCCACCAUGAGCUGAUCCUCUCCAAAAUGCUCCCGAAGCUGAAGAAACACCUGGACAAGGAGCAGAUGACAUCAGGGAUUUACACCACCAAAUGGUUUCUGCAGUGCUUCAUUGACAGGACCCCGUUCACCCUCACCCUGCGUUUAUGGGACAUCUACAUACUGGAGGGAGAGAAGACGCUAAGCGCCAUGGCUUACACAACCCUCAAGUUACACAAGAAGCGCCUGCAGAAGCUUCCGAUGGAGGACCUGAGGGAAUUCAUCCAGGAGCAGCUGGAGGUUUCGUUCUUCCUGCAUGAUGAUGUUGUGGUUGAACAGCUUCAGGCUUCUAUGUCGGAACUUCGCAGUAAAAAGCUGGACCAACCUCCUCCAGCCAAAUCAGAGGAGGUGCCAAAGAAACCUCUGGGUCAGGAGAGACCGGUCGCCCUCCUGCCUAAGCAGCCUGACUCUCCUCUGGAGGUCAAAGUAAACCUGCAGCCUCACAUUCCCCCCACCACAGAGGGCCCUCAGAUGGACAGCAUCACCCGCCAGCAGACCCCGUCUCCUGCAGACAUGAGAACCCCUCCUCUGGCUUCCCCUGACCCCGUUGUAGUCCACACACAACGAACACCUUCUCCGAUAAGGCCUUGCAGGAAACCUCCGCUACCUCCAAAAGCAGAGAAACCCUGUGCUGAGGCCGGGCCGGACCGAGAGGGGAAGGGGACGCUUCCUGAGGUAAGACACACCGAAAAUGUUCUUCAGAGCCAGCCUGGAGACCCCCAGACCCAGGAGGAGCCCGUUGAUUGGCCCCCGCCCUAUGAGCCUCCUGCCUUUGAAGCUGUGCAGACUGACGCAGAGAUCAUGGACCUCCCAGAUCUGCCGCCUCCACCUUUCUUCUACACCGAGCCGGUUGACGGCGCAUCUCCCUGCCCGGCUGUCUCAGAGACCCCGUGGCACCCUCCUUCCCCCCGCUCAGCCCCACCACUGGUCACCCGAACAAAGCCAAAACCAUGCCUGAAGCCACCCACGUCUCUUGACCUCACACAGAGAAAACCCCCUCCCUCGAAGCCUACCCCUCCCCGUGCCCUCACCACAUCCUCCACUUCCUCCCCCAGACCUCCCCCAAAGCCGACCAAGUUCCCCGUCUCUCUCUACGUCCCGGUGCCAGCGGGCGACAGACGGCCCUCCAACACCUCGCAGUACGACAACCUAUCGGAGGCCGAGGAGGACGAGCGCUGCCUGGAGAGGCUGCUGGGCUCCACGCCUGAGGAAACUCACGGCAUCCCCCCCCACACCACAGACAGAGACUAUGACCCCACUCUCUACACUCCACCUCCUGCGUUCAUCCCUCCCUCAAUCCCUCCCUCACCUUCUCUCGGACCUCCCCCGCUGUGCGCCCUCCCCAGUCUGCCUCAGGAGCCAGAGUACGAGGGGGAGGACAGCUGGGUGGAAGACUCCAUCAUUCCCCCUCCUCCCGCCAGUUUUGCUGACCGGCUCACUUCUUUCGAGUGUGGCGCUGCCAGCUGCUCGGACACACAGAGAGUCGCCUCGCCCAGAGCCUCACCCAGAGCCGCCUCACCUAGUUACUCUAAGCCUUUCUCUCGGGGCCCCAGGGACCAUUCUGCUUUCCCAGCACCACUGUUGUACACGGGGUCCCCACCAGGCCACCCCAGGCCCUCAGGACAGUCCUCCGUGGGGGGGGCCCUGGUCCGAUCCAGCCCAGACUUUUGCAGGAUGCCUCCAGGUGGACAGCCACUGCCCAAAUCAGUGACCUUUUGAAGUCUCAUUCAAGUGUUUCUGAUGUAUGCCAAUACUAUUCAGACUUCCUGUCAAUGCUUGAUUCGUUUUCAAAGCGGUUAAAAGGCCAGUAGCUAUUCAGUGUGUCAAAGAUUUGUGUGUGUUUGUUUGAAAGGACUUUUUUCAUCGAUUUGUACAGAUUUAUGUAAUACCGUCACCUUUUUUUGUAAGGGCAGGUAACUUUUUUUAAGUGUCAAACUUCUAUUUAAAACUGCUGUCCGUGUUACUGUUUGCUGCACAAAAAGUGAGUGUAUUAUCUCGCCUGCUUGUUAGUGUGUGAGACCAGAUUCAGUCUUUAAUAUGAUGGGUGAUUAUAAGAAAUGUACACAGAUAUAAGGGGAACUACUGUAAUACCAGCUUUGAAUUACAACCGGUGCUUCAUCUGCAGUUAGUUUCAUUUUGUUCCAACAGAAGUGUCUUAACCUGACUGCAGAUCAACACAAGGGCUUUUGAGGCUGCAGAGUAAGCUCAUCUUUGCUGAAGCACCCAAAGCCUAUACAUUUAUACUGUGUUUGUUGGUCAACUGUGAGCAGGCUCACAACUGAAAUUAACAAUUAUUAAUAUACCAGUUUCUGUAUAGCUUGAGAUCAAUACUUGAUAAUAAAGGACUUCUUGCAUCUAAGUUAAGCUUCAGAUAAAGUUGUAACCACCAGCAACAGGAAAUAGGAGGUGCAAUAAGUCACUGGUGUAAAUACAGAAGGUAGUUCAAUUCUCAUGAAACAUUUUUUUCCCCAUACAGGAUGCAGUGGGUUCUUCGCUGCUUUUUUAAAUUCUAAAAUCGACCCAGUAGGAUGACCAAUUUAAAGAAGUGGUUUCAGUGCUAUUUCUGUUUGUCUGAUUUCA